CAAAGCUGGCGUGGCCCCAUUGACAUUUCAUUAUCGCGUCGCCAUUUUGCGUUGCUUUUUCCUUUGCAAACUGUGUGGCUUAUUGAAUUUGUACCACAAAAUAAUAAUUGUUUUUGUUAUAGCGAAGCUGUGAUUGUUAGUAAUUAAGUAGUGUAAUAUAUCUUAUUGUUUUUAACUUAUUUUAUUCUAAGUUUCGUGUAUUUUACGUUACAAUGGGCAGAAAGAAGAAGAAGGCAUCUAAACCAUGGUGCUGGUACUGCAACAGGGAGUUCGACGACGAAAAGAUUCUCAUUCAACAUCAAAAGGCGAAGCAUUUCAAAUGUCACAUUUGUCACAAGAAACUGUACACGGGACCUGGAUUGUCAAUACACUGCAUGCAGGUUCACAAAGAAGCCAUAGAUAAAGUACCAAAUUCAUUACCAAAUAGGUCAAAUAUAGAAAUAGAAAUCUAUGGUAUGGAAGGUAUACCACCUGAAGAUGUGAAGGAGCAUGAGAAACAAAAAUCAGGUGGUGGUAAAGGAUCAGAUAGUGACGAUGAUGAGCCUGCUGCAAAGAAAAAAGCAACGCCUGCACUGCUUGGCCCUGGUCCUUCACAAGUGACCCCAGGCAUUUUACCCACACCCAUGGGACCAGUACCUCCGGGGAUGUAUCCAGGACACAUGCAAAUGCAAAUGAUGCCGCCAUUUAUGCAGGCACCUAGAAUGAUGAUGCCGGGAAUGCGGCCGCUUUUCCCCGCAGCCAGUAUGCCCCCCACAUCGACGAGUAAACCCACGUUCCCAGCGUAUAGUAAUGCGACAAUAAGUGCGCCGCCAACGACGACAACGCCCUCUAGUAGUUCGGAUCACAAAGAAAAUGGUGAAGUGAAACCUCCCGCGGCUAACGCGUGUCCCUUAGUGACAGCCACUGGGGCUGGCUCAAAAAUCAUUCAUCCGCCUGAAGAUGUGUCACUAGAAGAGAUCAGGGCCAGAAAUAUAAAGUACAGAGCGAAGCCUAAACCCGACGCACCCGCCGCACAACCCCAGCCUGCGCCCGCCAUGAUUACUCCUAGCACGAGUCAAGCAGAGGUGGCGGCGCACAUGAACGCGGCGGUGGCGGCGGCGCGGCACCAGCAGGCGGCGGCGGCGCUGCGGCGCGGCGUGCUGGGCGGCAUGGGCGGCGGCAUGGCGGGCGCCAUGGCGGGCGGCAUGGGCGUCAACAUGCACGGCAUGGUGGGCAUGCUGCCGGCCGCCGGCAUGCGCGUGCCGGUGCCGCACGUGCCGGUGUCGGUGCCGCAGAUGGCGCCGGUGGUGCCGAUGCUGCCCGUCAUGCCGCAGUUCAACCUCGUCCGCCCGCUGCAGCCCGGUCAGUACCCGCCCCCCUACCGCUAGCCCGAGGCGACCCGCCCCGCCACUGACACCAAACGUUUGCAAAAUGCCUUAUCAUACCUCCCCCGAGAUACAAAAUUACCCACGUCGACUUCGAUCUGACUGAAUCAAAUUCGUAAUUUCAGAACGAUGAUCAUCAAUGCCCAAUGGUGACAUUGUGUUCGUAAGGCAAUUUACAAACGCCCACGAGUAUCCCGAGCGUCUCUCGUGCUCGAAAACUGAGGACAUUCUGUGAAGUUUGAUAAUGUUGAGACAUUGUUUAGAGUAAUGUUUACAUCCCCUUUGGCCAUGUUUACGAGUGUUCCAUCAAGAGUUAUACAAGUGGUGACAUGCCGGUAGCUAAGCUCGUAACUGUAACGACUGCUGUCUCCAUUUCUUGUCCGUGUUUAAACCUCUGAUGUCCUUUCAGAUGACCCCCCAAUGAACAGUAUUACGAUGUAUUUGUAUGGAUAUGAUAUUCUAACGUAGGACAUAUCAAAGUAUUAGGUAAUUCGUAUUGAUUAUAUUCUCGUUGUCUUUGAUGUUGCACAUUGAACAUAAAGUUAAAUGUAUUUAAUUGUAACAAAUUGUAUUUUUCAUGUUGAAAUGGUCCAAGGCCGAGACUCGUUGAAUUUUUUUUUUUUUGUACAAUGUAAACCAAAGAAAUGAUGUAAUGUUAAGGUUAGCUCUAAAGACUGGACAUUUAGUACAUUCCGAUUGAAAACUCACCAUAGUCGUCCAUAUUUUUAUAUUCGCUUAAAAAAUUGACAAAAACACAGUUGACACGAAAUGUAGUUGUGUAACACACUAUUGGUAUUAUUUUGCAUUUAUUGAAUUUAAGAAUAAUAUAGAGUGGGUGGUUUUCUUUAGUUUUUAAUAAUAUUUGCUUUACGAUAGUUUAGUUUAAGAAGACAGUAAGACAUUGUUUUGAAUCUUUUUUGUUACACACGCGACGCGUGCCUAUAUCUGAACGUGGAAAAUGGAGUGUCAUAAUAAUUGAUAACACAAUAAAGAGCAUUCACUAGAGUGAUUUUAUUUUUUCUAUUUUCCACGGCUACUGGUAUGAUCUAAUUAAGACAUUACUAGCUUUAGUAAUUUUGACUGUGUGUAAGGAAAAUGAUCGCUUAUGUUUUAAGAGCGUGGAGCCGUUGUCCACUUAGUUCGCUAAAGUUGGAAGGCAUCACAAGACGAGCGGCUGCGGCCUAGUGGUCGGAGGGUGCCUUCCAAAGUCGGUGCCGCGGCCACCAAGUCUCUAGUAACGAACACAUAACAGCUUGUCGAUACUCACCCCUAACGCCCACUAACACGACCGGCCGACCUCUCACCCCCCUAGUACCGGACCACUCGUCCUAGACUUACACUGUCAAGACUAUAACUGUGAUUUUGAUGUGCCAUCCGCACUAUCGGAGGACGGAAUGAAAAUGAGCGGUAAUUUUAUUCACAUUCCUUAAUGGAUUUGCUUAUUGUAGUAGCUCUUAUCUUAUUACUGUCUCGAUUUUCUCGUAGUGUCAUAUAAAAUAUGACUGUCGGUUAACGGGUGGGUACACUAAUAUUAUAUUUACGUACAGUAGUUUUGUCGCUUUACAAUGUGCAUGAAAAGAACGAGUUAAUAGUCGUUGGCUGAAUUGGAUUCUACGAGCAACCAUUCUCGGAUCACACUGAACAUGCAUGAACUACGGAUAUUACGAUUAUUACAUCGCCGAGUAUUUUGGAAGUGUGAUUUUUCAUGUGAAUUAUUUAUCCUACCUACCUGUGUUCCUUUGCUUAUCUGCACCUUACUGCGGGCGGCCGGCGACGGUUGCGGCGCGGUGACAGGCGAUUGUUCUGCAGUCACCACGGCUGGCCGUGUGUUGGACCGAGGUCCCCUGUUGCCACGCGCCGCGGCCGCCCGUGACCGAGACUGUGUGUGCAGGGAUGUCUGGGAUGUUGCUGCCGGGCGGCGUGAUGCCGAUGGGCGCCAUGUUCCCGGGCGGCAUGGUCAUGCAGCCGCGCUACCGAUAGCCGCGCCGUCCGCGCCGCCCCGCGCCCGCCGAGCGAAGGUAGGCGCUCGUUUCUUUCGUAUCUACGUCCGCUUGGCGGUUGUGUGUCCGACGCUCGUUGCUAAGCGCGGUGAGGGGAACUAACGGAAGGUAAGGCGGCGCGAGGCGGACAGGUGAUGGGCGGUCGCCCGGCCCCUGGCCGUGGUUGGGCCGGCAGUUCCCUGCGGCGGGCGCCCGCAGGCGACGGAACCUGUCACAACAUGAGUUGUUGGAUUGGCGGCCCCCUGUCCCUUAGCAUAAGUCAUUAUAUUCCUACCUUACCACUGAGCUCUCACAUAGACUGUCAAAAGCAGAAUUUCUGUAGUGAAUUCCGUUCUUAAUUAAAUUUCUGGUGUUAAGAGAUGUGUGUAAGAAUAAUAAUUGAAAUAAAUGUUAUCUGCCUUGAUGAUUCUCUAAGCGUUUCCAUUUUAAAGUUGUGACGUUUGCCUACUCUUGUAGAAUUUUGACUAUUUUACGCAAUAAAUGCUCUGGACAUGA